AUGGGAGAUGAUGAUGUUGAUGGGAAGUGUAGAACCAUGUCUGCAUGUUUCUCAGCGACGUCGUAUUCAUCUAAACUCUUCCUCUUUAUGGUUCCUCUGGUUCUCGUGUCUGGUUUAGUCUGUGUUAAUAUUGGGCCUAGAUAUUCAACUUCUUUCUUAACCUCUAUGUCCACUUCUCAUCUCUCGCGUCUUCCUUCUUCUCCAUCUCUGCCUCCGGUGCCGGCGACGGCACCAUCUCCUCCGCAGGUGGCGACGGAAGUGUCGCUGGCAGAAUCAUCAUUAACGGCUAAAGUGGAAUUUGUUCAGGGUGAUUAUAAUCGGACAAUUCGAUUGAACCCGGUCAACAUUACUUCAACGAGUAAUAACGUCACACUUACAGCAUCGCCAGAAGUUACCAAGAAAAGAGUUCUAAGCAAUUUAGAGAAGGUCGAAUUGGAGCUACAAAAGGCUCGAGUUGCCAUUAAAGCCGCUUCGAUGGACGAUCCCGUGGACGACCCGGACUAUGUACCUCUUGGUCCUAUGUAUUGGAACGCUAAGGUCUUUCAUCGGAGCUACUUGGAGAUGGAAAGACAAUUCAAGAUAUAUGUAUACAAAGAAGGCGAGCCACCGUUGUUCCAUGACGGUCCAUGCAAAAGCAUAUACUCUAUGGAAGGAAACUUCAUCUACGAGAUGGAAAAAGAUUCUCGUUUCCGCACCGAUACUCCCGACAAGGCCCACGCUUUUUACUUACCCCUAAGUGUCGUCAAGAUGGUAAGAUAUGUUUACGAACGCAACUCUCACGAUUUCGGCCCCAUCAGAAAAACCGUCAGAGAUUACGUCGAUCUUGUGAGCAAUAGAUACCCGUAUUGGAACCGAAGCAUUGGAGCCGACCAUUUCAUACUUUCAUGCCAUGAUUGGGGUCCCACGGCAAGUUUAUCUCAUCCACAUCUAGGACAAAACUCAAUUCAUGCUCUAUGCAAUGCCAACACGUCAGAGAGAUUCCAACCGAGAAAAGAUGUGUCAAUACCGGAGAUCAACCUACGGACGGGAUCUUUAAAAGGGUUAGUCGGUGGUCGGUCACCUUCCGUCCGUCCGAUCCUUGCCUUCUUCGCAGGAGGUGUACACGGACCGGUGAGGCCGGUUCUUCUCGAACAUUGGGAGAAUAAAGAUAAUGACAUUAGAGUCCACAAGUAUCUCCCUAAAGGAACGUCUUAUUCGGACAUGAUGCGGAGCAGCAAGUUUUGCAUUUGUCCGAGUGGUUACGAGGUUGCGAGCCCUAGGAUCGUGGAGGCACUUUACUCUGGUUGCGUCCCGGUUUUGAUAAACUCCGGCUAUGUUCCACCGUUCAGCGAUGUGUUGAACUGGAGAUCGUUCUCGGUGAUCGUUUCCGUGGAAGACAUACCGAACUUGAAGACGAUUUUGACGUCGAUAUCACCGAGACAGUAUCUAAGAAUGUACCGGAGAGUGUUGAAGGUGAGGCGACAUUUUGAGGUGAAUUCUCCGGCUAAGAGGUUUGAUGUGUUUCACAUGAUUCUUCAUUCGAUUUGGGUUAGGAGAUUGAAUGUGAGGAUCCGUGAGGUCUGA